AAAAGACGAGGGCUGGGGUUUAGCCGCGGCGCCUCUUUUUCUCCCUCCACAAAUCUAGGGUUUCCACCUCGUCAUCGCCAUGGACUUCGACGAGUACGAGUACCUCGAGAAGACGGUCGAGGCCUCCGCCCCGGCCCCGGCCAACGGAUCCGAGGGGAAGGAGCGCAGCUCCCGCCGCCGGAGCAGCGCCGGCGACGGAGAGGACCGCGACGACGGCGAGCGCAGGUCCAAGCGCUCUCGCUCCGAGCACCGCGACCGCGACCGCGACAGGGAGCGGGACCGCGACCGUGACCCUGAGAGCCGGGAGCGCCACCGCAGCAGCCGGGAGCGCCGGGACCGCGACCGGGACCGGGACCGGGACGUGAGGGAGAAGGAGAGGCUGAGCAGGGAGGGCGAGCGGGAGAGGAGGAGCCGCGACCAUGACCGCGAGCGGGAGAAGGAGAAGGAGAGGGAGCGGAGGAGCCGCAGCCGGUCGGAGCGUCGCCGCGACGACGACGAGCGUGAGCGCGAGCGCUUCCGUGAGCGUGACUACCGUGACCGCGACGUCAGACGUAGGAAAGAAGACGGUGCUGAACCUGAAGCAGAUCCAGAAAGAGAUCAAAGAACUGUAUUUGCCUACCAGCUAUCCUUGAAAGCGGAUGAAAGAGACGUUUACGAGUUCUUCUCGAGGGCUGGGAAGGUCCGGGAUGUCCGCUUAAUAAUGGAUCGGAACUCACGACGUUCAAAAGGAGUUGGGUACAUUGAAUUUUAUGACGUCAUGUCGGUUCCAAUGGCGAUUACUCUUAAUAAUCAGCUGCUUCUUGGUCAACCAGUGGCGGUUAAGCCAUCGGAGGCUGAGAAGAAUCUAGUUCAGUCUAAUGCUUCUUCAAGUGUAGCAGCUUCAGGGGGGGCAAGGAAGUUGUAUGUUGGAAAUCUUCACGCCAAUAUUACAGAGGAGCAAUUGAGACUGGUCUUCGAACCAUUUGGACUGGUUGAGCUUGUCCAGCUGCCUGUAGACCCACUUACUGGAUUAUGUAAAGGUUUUGGUUUUGUGCAGUUUGCACGUCUGGAAGAUGCAAAAGCUGCUCAGAGUUUAAAUGGUCAACUUGACAUUGCUGGAAAAGUAAUCAAGGUUUCAGCUGUGACGGACCAUGUGGGAGCGCAAGCCAGUGGGGCAGCGCCAGGCGAUUUGGAUGAUGACGAAGGUGGAGGCUUGGCACUGAAUGCUAGUUCGAGAGCUCUUCUUAUGCAGAAACUGGACCGUAGUGGUGCUACCACCAGUUUGACUUCUGGGUUGGGUGCUUCUGCCGUGGCAUUGCCACAACCUGCAUCAGUUCUUGGUGCUCCUGCAGCCGGCACUGCUCUACAGCCUAUGGUGCCUGGUCUUGGUUUAAUUCCAGGGGCAUCUGUUCCGGUUAUUACCCAGACCAUUGACAUGGCUCCACCUAGUGAAUGCCUAUUGCUGAAGAAUAUGUUUGAUCCUGCUGUGGAGACGGAUCCGGAUUUUGAUUUAGAUAUUAGAGAUGACGUUCGAGAAGAAUGUUCUAAGUUUGGGCAAGUAAGACACAUUUUUGUAGACAAAAAUACCGCGGGCUUUGUGUAUCUGCGGUUCGAUAGCAUAACAGCCGCCAUGGGCGCACAGAAAGCACUUCAAGGGAGAUGGUUUGCGGGAAAGAUGAUAACUGCAACAUUUAUGUCCAUUCAGCAAUACGAAAUGAAGUUCCCAGAGUGAACCUGGCAGCGGACUUGCGUAGAAGCUGGAAAUGGCGUCUCCCUUGCUCGUCAUCGUGGGUGUCUUUGGCUAAUAGGUUUGGGUCAGUUGUAACAUUACACCAUCAAGCAUUCAAGCGUGUUGUACCAUCAAACUGUAUUCAAUGAUCACCGAAAGUAAUUGGAAGUUAAGAGUUGUGGUUCCUUGUUAA